GGUCGCGCCGCGGAAGUUCCCGAAGGACUCGCGCUAUGCCCUGCUGGUCAUGGACCGCCAGAAGAGCCUGGACAGCGUGGACCUGUACAACCAGGUCAAGCUCCCGCAGGGCGUCAGCGAGGACGAGUGGUUGGCGGUGGCCACCAACGAGGUCUUCAACGAGCUGAACCUGCUCGCCGGGGCGAUCGCGGACAUCUGCACCGACCACUCCUGCCCGGUGAUGUGCGCUGGGCAGUACACGUUCGCCUGGGCGGACGGCGUCAAGGUGAUGGCGCCCACCAAGGUGUCGGCGCGGGCGGCCAUCGAGAACGUGCUGCUGUGGGUGGAGCGCCAGCUGACCGACACGACGUUCCUGCCAGUUGAGCCGGGGCAGCCGUUCCCACCGAAUUUCCGGAAGGAGGCAUCUGCAACAUUUUCAAGCGGCUCUUUCGCAUCUACGCGCACGUAUUCCACACUCACUUUAAGCAGCUGGUGGAAGCGCAGG